AUGUUUCUUCAUAUCAUCUUUAAUGUCAUGCAUCCCGAGAUCGAAAGAGGAAAUGAAACACUGGAUCUCAAGUCUGUUGGUCCGAUUGCUUUUGGCUUAAUGAAACAGAAAAGAGCUGGAAAAUUUGCAUUCGAAGGAAAGUUUCCUUUGAUUAAGUUUGGAAUAUUUGCUGACGAUAGUGAUCAAUCAGAAUCAGAAAAUCUUUCUAUUCCAGCAGAAACUGAAGAUGUUGUGAUUUCAAUUUCAGAGCUUGAAAUGAAGAAGUUCAUAGGAGAUGAGGAUUUCAGUGGCGAUGAUGAUUUUUUGAAAGAGCUGGAUUUUACUAGGAUCAGUGAUGAUAUCCCCUCGAGUAUUGAACUUAAUCUCGAUGAUGAUGAGUUUGGUCCACUUCCAGGAUUCGAUAGCAGGUGCUUUAAAAAGGUCAAUGAAGUUACUCAACUAGCAACCGAGACUUGGGAAGAUGUUAGUGCUCUCAAAAUUUUGCUCUCCUCUUCAAAACCUAUGGAGGUCUCUUCGAGUCCAAGAGAUGUGGAUUCAGAGAUUCCUCCCUCUGAACCAAAUGUCUCUACUUCUGCUCCACUUUUAAGUAAAUCGACACAACCCCAAACCUCCCUGUCUCCUUUGAAAAAAAGACAAUUAGAUCCAAGGCAGGGCGUGUCCACUGUAAGCCAAGCACCACCAGUCUCAUCUACUGUUACCACCACUACAGUCUCUACUCCACCAAUACCAUCAGAAGAAGGCCCGAGCACAAUGUAUGAAGCAGGUGGUUCAUCCUCUAUUCCAAAGUAUUCUCCUUCAAGGCCCUGA